GAACAUAGAAGUCUUAAUGUGGACGCUUUUCUGCUCAGCAACAUUGAUGGAAGGAAAAACAAGAUUGUCACCCCGUCCCAGUCUAGAAGACUUCCGGAAAGACUAUGCUAGUGUUGCCCACACCUGUCAGGAGGUGGGGUUUAUUAAGGGAAAAUACAAUAUGGGUGACCCUGUUGCUUUUAAUGUGAAACUAAAGAAACAUUUCCAGAACGUGGUUAAAGGAUCCAAACUAAUCUAUGAAUCGGUUGAAAAAAAUAUGGGCGAAGGAUACGAUUCCAGAACAGGAAUUUUCACAGCUCCACGAUCCGGAAAGUACGUGUUUGACUGGGCAGUGAUGUCAUUUCCAAAUAAAGUGUCCAAAACCGCAUUAAUGGUUAACGGUGUCCAAAAAGACUUGAACUACUGCCACGAUGUAAAAGCAUGACCCCACUGCAGCAAAAUGACUAUAGUGAGCAUUGCUGCUGGAGAUCUUGUCUGGGUAGCAGUUGCCUCCGAGAAAGCUGAUGGCUACACAACAUUCUCUGGAUUUAAGUUAUAAAAAUGUUUCCAUGUUUCAACUAAACCAUAUACAUGUAUAGUCAGGAAGAAAAUUUCUCAUAAAAAUGUAUAAAGGUCAAUCUUGCCCACAUAAAAU